UCUGCCUUUCUCUUUCUAAAUGGGAGCGCAUGCUGCCACCGUCUACCACGCCUCCGUCGGUAUUUGAAGUUCUCAGGUGAUGCGUGGUUGAAUGCUGGAUUCUCACCCGACCCGUCAGUCGCAAGUACACAAAGGGAGUAAACAAAGGUGUCUUAGUUCGCCGGACGAGUGACUCCGCGCGGGGCGGGGUCUGAAGAAAAUACCGAAACAAGUUGCGAUUGAAAGCAGAGGGGCGAAGUUGAAGUUAGGGGGACGCGUUCGUUUGGCCGGAAGAAAAAAAGGAGCACGACUUUGGGGAGGAGAGUCCCGCAUCGCUCAGUUAGCGGCCUUGCUCCCCGUGCCUCCAUAAUGCUGAACGAAAGGAUAUUUACGCUUUUCAAGCGAAACCUGCAACAUACACUGACUUAUUGGAGCGUCUUCUUCAGUUUUGGGCUCUGUAUUGCAUUCCUGGGACCCACCAUCCUAGACCUGAGGUGUCAGACGCAAGCCACCCUACACCAAAUCACCUGGGUUUUCUUCUCGCAACAGCUUUGCCUUUUGAUAGGCAGCUCGGUGGGGGGCAUAUUCAAGAAAACGCUUUUCUGCUCCCUUUUGGCUCUCUUUAUUUGUACCCUACUCAUCUCUGUGAUUUUUGCCAUUAUUCCUCUAUGUGAAAAUGUUGUUGUGCUUGCUAUUGCCAUGGCAGUAACUGGUCUAGCAAUGGGCGUCAUUGAUACCAUUGCCAAUCUUCAGCUUGUAAAAAUCUACCAAAAGGAUUCUGCAGUCUUUCUGCAGGUUCUUCAUUUCUUCAUUGGCUUGGGAGCUCUGGUGAGCCCUCUUAUUGCAGAUCCCUUCCUUUCUGAAACCAAUUGUCUCCUGAGUAACACUACAAGAAACACCACUGGCACUCUACACCACAUCCGACAUACACUGUCGGGCACCACAAUCCACAACUUGUCUCGAUAUGACCUACCCAUGGACGGUGAGAUUGUCACUCAAGUCUCCUAUGCAUUCUGGAUCAUGGCUCUAAUAAAUAUUCCAGUACCAGUUGCAGUCUUCUUGCUGAUGAAAAGGGAACGCAUGGUACCUUGCUGUAAUUUGUCUAGUCCUCCAUUACUAAAGAAGGAUGAGCUUGCCCUGGAGGAACAGAGUACUGAUGGACAGUCAUAUGAAUGUGCAGGUCACGGUAACCUCUUCAGCUGCUGCCAGAGUGAAAAGAUAAAAGAUGUUCCUUUUUCUUUCUUUGCAAUCCAUGCCCUUGGAGGAUUAGUUCUUUUUAUGACUGAUGGUCUUGUGGGUGUGUAUUCUGGAUUUGUGUACAGCUAUGCAGUUGCUCCUCCAGUGCAUCUUUCACAUAAAGUAGCUGGCUAUCUUAACAGUGUCUUCUGGGGUGCUAUUACUGUGGGUCGAUUGAUUUCCAUACCUUUGUCAUACCGUUUUCGACCAGCUACUUUGUUGUUCUUUAACUUGAGUGGAGUGAUUAUCACAGUUUUUCUGUUAACGAUCUUCUACAAUAGCAGUCCAUUUCUUUUUGUGGGUACAUGGUUUUUGGGCAUGUUCGUCAGCAGUGUUUUUCCCUGCAUGGUUGCAUACACUGAAGAUAUCCUUGAGUACCAAGGAUGUGCCACGAGUGUUUUGGUGACCUUGGCAGGAUUGGGCGAAAUGGUUCUUCAGUUGAUUGUUGGAACAGUCAUCUACAGUGAAGGUAGCUACAGCUUCCUCAUGUGUGGCAUAAUUAUUGGAUGCUUGGGAGCCUUAAUUUACCUCAUGCUGUUCUUUGUUCAACGGAUCCAUAGGCACAGCACCUUGGGUACCUCCAGUAAGCCGGCUCCCCUCCAGGAACCAGGGUCACAGCAAGUAAACUAAGGCGGUGGAGAGUCUAGUGUACAGAUGAAGCACAGAUGAAAAGAAGGCAAGGAGUGGGGUGGACAUACUGACAUGAAUGCAUCCCUCUGCACCUUACCCCUUUUCUAACACGUUACCUUGAGAUGGCACCUUAAUACCCUAAUCCAUUUUCACUUUCUCCAUUAGAUUAUAUUAAAUAAAAUGUUAUUCCAUUCCCCUUAUUUAUUUUUUGGCAUGCCGAGUUUGUUUACAGCACCCCUAACUUUCCUACUGCUGCCUGUAAUGAAUGUCUUGCUGUAAGCUGAUUGAUUUUGCUAAAGCAGAAUUUUUUUUUAGCAGGCCAUAAAACUAUUGGACAAUUUGAACAUGCUGGAGCCCUGAGCAUGCUGUUAAAAUUCAAAAGCUAUCACUCACUGCACAACCCAAAGGUAGCUUUUCUACUUGCCUGUCCCAGUUUUAGUUCUCGGUGAUUUACAGCAGUGUCUGGCAAUUGCCUUAGGAUUCAGAAGUAGUUUUGCUUAGGACUCACUGCCUUUCAUCAGUCAGCUAAUGCCACUUACCACUCUUCCUCAUCUUCAAGGAAAACUUACAAGACUGGCAUUCCUUAACCUUCCUGCAUGGUCUUCCUUUGAUUGUUCUGUGUAAUUUUUGUUUUAUUACUUUUCCUUUUCAUUCUUGUUAUGUGCCACUGGAAGCUGCAACACACUGGGAAUCCAUUGGCCAGGCUACAUAUGAUGACUUUGACGCCAAUCAGAUUAAAGGACAGAGGCUUGGCUCCUAGGCAGCAUUGUUGCUGUCAAUUUAAGGGCAAUCACCCAACCUUGCCAGGGCACUUUAUUAAUGGAACAAUACAGCAGACAGAAAUAUAUGAAGGUGAAAGAUAUGGGUGUGAUUGUAAUUCACAAAAAGAGAGGGAGAACAUUUUAACUUAAUGCAUUCAAUUUCUAGUAACUUGGAAAUAGCUUUUAUCAUGAACACUUUCAUCUAAUAAAAUAUUGUAUGUAGCACUUUAAUUUGCAAUAAGGUUUUAGUGAUUUGAUUCUAGCCAAAUACUUCACUGUGGUUUUCACAGCAAAAAGCUAUAAUGGAGUAUGAUAAUUAAAACAAAAUAGUAUUUGAAUUAUGCACAGUAAAAAUUCUACCGUGACUGGUCAUUUUUGUUUAUACACACGGAUGAUCUAAGGUGACAAUAGUAUUGUUGAUUUAGUAAAUUCUGGUGGAGAUUAAGCCCCAACAUUUAUAGAAUGGCAGACAGCAACAACUCCAUGCAGAAAAAUCGGUGAGCCAAAUCAGCAAGUAUUUUGCAUUUUCUAAGUAGUUUUAUGGUAAGGCAAAUCUGUCAUAAAAAUAAGUUACUUGUGUUUUGGCAUAGAAAGAGAUGGUUUCGGUUCAUCAAAACAGAAAUGCUAAUCAGCCAUCUGCAAAAACUACAUCUGCUCAGCUAAUUAAGUGAACACAGCCUUCAAAUUAAUUGGCACAUUUAUUAUGUUUUUUUGUCAUUUACUAAUUAACUUUAGUCUUGAAAGUUUGCUAAAGGAAACUGGUAAUAUAAUUUAAUGUUCUUGCAGAGCUGUCACUGCAGUAUGUGGUUGGCUGAAUUCCUCAGGUACACAUACACAAUGCAUUUUUGCUAAUUUCUUUAACAUACUGAGUGAGUUUAUUUUGAUCUAGGAGAAGUACGCUUAAAAACAUCUUCACCAUUAAUGAUAUACUGCUACAUUUAAUAAUAAUUUGACUUGCAAAAAAUGUUUCUUGAAUCAUUACUAUGUGGUCAAUUUAUGCUUUGUCAGUUAACAACCUGUUAGUCAUCCUCACUACUGAAAGCCUUGGGUACAUUUUUUUUUUGAAUGAAAGACUGAACUUUGAAGUAAUAAAUGCAUUUGCAAAAAUUUGGUUAUGUACAGGUAUAGUGUGAUUGGUGUAAAUAGUAAUGAACACUGGUAUAUGUUAAAAUAUAAAUAAAGGUGUUUCACAAGCGUUUUCUAAAUUCAAUACA